AUGGUUUCCAGAUUGGAUACUGUAUUUAAUUAUCCUCCAAUUAUUAGUAAGAAAUUGAAAGAGUUAGUGGUACUUUCUGAUGAUGAUAAUAAUAAACUAGAAAAGAAAAUAGAUCAGCUUACAAAACAAAAUGUUGAGCUUAAACAACAAAUAGAAUGUAUUAUAAAUUAUAUUGGAGUAGAACAAGAUAAUAAGGAAGAAAAAGAUAAUGAGGAAGUACAAGAUAAUGAGAAAGUACAAGAUAAUGAGGAAGAAAAAGAUAAUGAGGAAGUACAAGAUAAUAAGGAAGAACAAGAUAAUAAACUAGAGAUGCAAAAAGAACAAACAAAAGAAGAGCUUCCAAAACAAAACAUUGGACUUUAA